ACUUCUCAAGAAGUUUCUGUGACCACUCUGUUGCUGGCCUCUUGCUUCUAGAAUUCUCCACUCUUGUUAUUAUGAUGCAAACUACAGCACGAAGAAUGAAGGAGGGGCUUGGGAAGAGACCCUCUCUCAUCCACAACAUAGGAGCAGAGCACUCAGGCCUUUACUAAGGUGUCCUACCACAACCUCAGCCUGUGUUGAGCAGAAUUAGGUGGAGAGCCAGGGAGGCCCACUGAACAAGACUGAGGAAGGAGAUUGGAAGAGAAUCACCAGGAAUACACCCUUUUCUUAAGAGCUGAUAGGGAGUUCCAUGAAACUGGGUGAAUGAGAUGAGUCAAGGGAAGAAAGGAGGCAUCAUAGUGUGAGAAGAGGAGCAGGAAGUCACUGGGGAGCAGGGAAGCAGUCACAAGGCAGCUGAAAAUGACUGAGAAAAAGGAAGACACACCUGAACCUAUGAGGAUAUGUCCUCACAGAGACUGUGAUAGCAUACACAGAGGCUGCCCGGGUUCACGCAGGGGUUCCACUGCUGAGAGAAGAAAGUGGACAGAGCUCCUAUCCCUAACAGAGAAGGGAUCUCCAAUUGAUAGCCACUUAGUUUUUCUCCAGUGGAGUCUCUCUGGAUAUAUAAACCACACUUAAAGGACUGUCUAACUUUUGAGGAUGUGGCUGUGAACUUCACCUUGGAGGAGUGGGAUUUGCUGGAUCCUUCCCAGAAGCAACUCUACACAGAUGUCAUGCAGGAAACCUUCAAAAACCUAAUUGCUAUAGGACAAAUUGAGGAAGGCCGGAGGAGUAAAGAUGAUGAUGAAGAGUCUAGGAGAAGUCUGAGAAGUGGACUGGUGGAAUUGUUGUGUAAACCCAGAGAAAGUAGACAAUGUGAAGAAAUCUUCAGCGAGUUUCCAGAUACUGUGGUGAAUAAGAAAACCCCUCAUGGAGUAAAACUGUGUGAAAGUCAUUUAUGUGAAGACAUACUUAUCGGUCUCCCACCCCUGAAUAUGCAUAUUCCUGUUCAACGAGGACAUAGACCAUAUGAAUAUGAGACAUAUGAAGACAGUCUCUAUAAAUUUAGGGAGUGUGGGAAAGCCUUCCUGUAUUCUGAAUGCUAUCUGAAGCAUGAAAAUGCUCACAUCAUAGAGAAACCGUAUAAAUGUCAACAAUGUGGGAAAGCCUUUUCUUCUUCAAGUAAGGUUCGAAGACAUGAAAGAACUCACACUGGUGAGAAGCCCUACAUGUGUAACCAUUGUGGGAAAGCCUUCCCUAGUCGUGGCUCCCUUCGCCGUCAUGACAGGAUUCACAGUGGAGAGAAGCCCUUUGUGUGUAAGUAUUGUGGGAAAGCUUUCACCGGUCAGAGUUCACUUCCACGCCAUGAAAGAAUUCACAGUGGAGAGAAACCCUAUGUCUGCAAAUACUGUGGCAAAUGUUUCAUUUCUUCAAGUACCUGUCGAGUACACGAACGGACUCACACUGGAGAGAAACUCUAUGUUUGUAAUCUGUGCAAUAAAGCUGUCACUACUCGUACUUCCCUUCGAAAUCAUGAACGAAUUCACAGUGGUGAGAAACCCUAUGUUUGCGAACAGUGUGGGAAAGGUUUCAUCUCCUCUGGUACCUUUCGAAUACACGAACGAAUUCACACUGGGGAGAAACCCUAUAGAUGUAAGGAAUGUGGUAAAGCCUUCACUAUACAGAGUUCUCUCCAACGCCAUGAAAGGAUUCACACUAGGGAAAAACCCUAUGACUGUAAGGAAUGUGGGAAAGCCUUCAGUGGUUACAGCUCCCUUCGACGCCACGAAAGGAUUCACAGUGGAGAAAGACCCUAUGCAUGCAAGCAGUGUGGCAAAGCUUUUCCUGCCUUGGGUGAUUGUCAGAGACAUGAGCAAAUCCACACUGGUGAGAAGCCCUAUAUAUGUAAGCAGUGUGGGAAAGCCUUUACUCGUUGUGGUUCCCUCAGAAUACAUGAAAAGACCCAUGCUAGACAGAAUUCCUAAGCAUAAAAUGUGAAAGAACUCCUUGUCGCGUGCCCUUUCUAAAAAAAAAAAAAAAAAACUGUUACAAUGUUUAGGGAAGAAAACAAGUAUAUCAAGUUAUGAGGGCUGCCACUGGUCAUACUGUUAAAUUAACAAAAAGGACAAGCUAAGAACUCACCCAAUAUCAAAACUUGCUCAGAAAGUUGACUGUAAGAAAUAGUUUUAAAAUUCUGUACUACCUGAGGAUUUUCACAUAAGUUUCACUAGCUCAUAAAUGUACACUGUGAAAGGUUCAAUGCAAAGUAAUUUAUGUAGAAUGCUCCAAAAAUUACAUAACCCGAAGGAAAACAUCCUAAAAUUAUAUUACACUGAUUAGUUUAUUACUAAAAUAGAUAUACAAACUAUUUCUAAGUAUAACUCCUGUAAAUAAAUGGUGGCAUGACAUAAUUCUGUGAAGUUUGCUUAAGCAAUGGAGCAAGAGAGUUUUUUUUUUUAACCCUGUUCAUUACCAUUCUGAAGAUUUUGGUUGUCUGAAUGGUGGAAUGGCCUUUUGAGAUGUAGUUAUGGCAAAUAACAACACAUGAGUUGGCACUAGGUCACAGUUCCAGGACAAGGUCCUCCAGAAUGAUGGGUGUGCUCUAAAUUGGCAUCUCACACAAUACUGUCUCUCUCAUGGGCCUAGGAAUCAAGUGGGGGUGGGGAUCACCCCUAUAACUCACUAGCAAACACUGUUUUCGUGUUCUGUAGAUAUGAAGGUUCUACCACGAGGAACACCCAUUCCUUUGAACUGGAAACUAAGGCACCCACACAUAUCCAACCCCAUACCAAUUUACUCUGCGUUCCUUGUGCCCUUGAGUUAACUAAAAAUUGUUACUGUCAACUGGAAUUACAGAUCCACAUGACCAGUGGGGAAUGAAAACACCAUUUAGCAAUGGAGAUGUUCUGAUUAUUUUUUGUCUACUUUACACAAUCUAGAGUUAUCUGGAAAGAGAAAUCACCAUUAGAUUGACCUGUAGACAAUGAUGUAUGGGACAGGGCUACUGUGGGUAGUGCCACUCCUGGGCAGGUGGCCCUGUGUUGUAUAAGAAAGCAGGCUAAGUGGCCAUGAGGAGCAAGCCAAGACUCAAGACUUCCUCCAUGGUCUCUGCUUCAGAUCCUACUUCCAAGUUCCAAGUUCCUGCCUUAAGAUUCUACCCUGGUUUCUCUUGGGGCUGGAAUAUAAACGAUAAUGAAAACAUCCUUUUUUCCUCAAAUCAAUUUGGUCAGUGUUUUAGCAACAGCAACAAUAACUCAAACUAGGACACAAGGAAAGGAAGACUAUUCCUGGAUUUCCUUGUCAUUGCUGUGUCUGGUGAUUAAAACCCAUGGGGAGCUACAACUCGGUCCAAACAGGGUAAGAAAGAAUGGAAGUGUGAACUACUUGUAAAGAGCUAGUUGAUUUGGGGAUAUGAUGUUUUUAUUUACUUACUUCCAAGUAAGGUUUUUUAUACUAAAAAUUGAUAUUAAAUUAAAAUUUUAAAAAUCAAGAUGCUUAGUGUUUGCUAAAGAGGAAGAAAUACAAAAUGAUAUGAGAAGGUACUUAUAAAUAUGGUAUGCCUACAGUUGUAGAAGUGAGGAUUCUAAUUAUAUUGGGUCUUAUUUUGUUAAGAGUAUGUAUGUUGGACUGGGUGUGGUGGCAUAUUCCUUUAAUCCCAGCACUCAGGAGACAAAGGCAAAUGACUUAAUUCAAGACCAACUUGGUUGACAUAGUGAAUUCCAGAACAGCCAGGGAUAUAGAGGGAGACCUUGACUCAAAAACAACGGAAGAAAAGAAUAUGGGUUUACUUUUAUACUUGAUAGUGUUGAUUGCCAAUGUGACAAAUCUAAAAUCACCUGUGAGACGGGCCCCUGAGAGUGCCUGUGGUCAGUUAUCUUGAUUGCAUAAAUGAGGUGGGCUCUCCUCCUGUUGGAAGUUCCAUUUCCUGACUGGAAUCCACGAGUGUAUACAAGUGCAGAGCUAACUAUCUGAGCGCAAGCAUACAUGCAUUGAUUUACUGCUCUCUGCUUUUGACUGUGGAUGUAAUGUGAGAGCUGCUCAAGUUACUGCCAUAUUGACUUCCCCACAGUGAUGGAAUUAUGAGCCAAAUAAACCCCCUUCCCUUUAUGUUGCUUUUACCUGGAUAUUUUGUCACUAUGACAGGAAGUGAGGCUAAGACAUAUACACACACAUAGUAAGCAGAUAUUCAUGUUUUCUUUUGUCUCAUCCUUUACCAUGUAAUCUGUUUAUUGAUUUAAUAAGACGGUAUUGCUAUGUAUUUUCGUAUUUAGUUAUGGUAUAAUAAGUGAAUAAGCUUUCCUCAGGGGACUUUGACACCCAUUCUGAGGAAGCACCACGUUUUCAUUUGUACAUGAAAGUCACAUUAGGUGAGAUAACUUUGUUAUUGUCUUUAUUUAAAAUUGUGUAUAACAUAGGUUAUUGGAUGUCAAAGGAGGGACUAGCGGUGGUUGUUCUUGGUUGUUCUCUUGACUGGUGAAACGCACCUGGAUAUUGGUGAGGAAAUCUCCACAGAAGAAGUGAUAUGUAGGACAGUGACUUGGAGGGGAAAACUCAUAUUCAAUGUGGGCAGCGAUUCCUAACAACAUCCUGGAUGAAGUCUCAGGAAAAAACAGCAGGCACAUACCUGCCUUCCCUUUGGUUUGAGUGCAUCUGUUGAUGCUACUGUGAUCUCCUGUCUUCUUCCUCUUGACUGGGACUUAGUUCUAGUGACGUUCGAGGAGCCUCCAGUAUUUCGGCCUCAGAUCAGGGCCCCUGAGGCAUUUAGCUUUUAGAGUGGGCAGCUAGCAAAUUCUCUGCUCUCUGCUACAAGCAGCCCCUAUCAUGUAUGACAAUCUAGUAAAUACCUUCUUUAAUAAUUAUCUUGGUUCUAUUUGGAGAUCUCUGAUAUCUGAUUAAUUGAAAGAGAAAUUUUGCUUUUUCAGCUUUACAAAAUUUAUUCAAUUUUACACAUUUCAAAGACACGUACAGAAUGUUUGGGGCUUUGGUGUUUUGUUUUAUUAUUUGGUCUGGAUCCAUACUACGAAUUAAGAACUAUCUACCUUUUAAAAGUCUGUGUGUAGAUAUGUAUGUGCUCAGAACAUGGGUGUAGGUCGGGUGUCGGUCUUCACCUUCCCUCUUCCUGAGGCAGGGUCUCGUUUCUGCUGCAUCUGCUAGCGGACCCGUGAACUUCCGGGGCUUCUGCUUCUACUUCCUGUCUUGUAGAAAUACAGGGUCACAGGUGUGUGACUGCCGCUUCUGGGCUUCACUUAGGUUCUGGAGGGGUUUAACUCAAGUCUUCUCACUGGGCAAUCCUUUAUCUACAACUAUUGCUCAACCAGAAUUAUAUAUUUUUGCAAGUGCGUUAACAUUUCUCAUCAUAAAAUAUGCUGUUCCUAAGUAAGUGUGUGGUUCAUUCCAGUCAUCUGGACGAGUUUUAGCUUUUAUAUCUUAGAUACUCAAGUGUUUCCUAUGAUGCACUGAACAGUCUUCCAGUAAAUACAAAAUGUUCUUCAAAUUUGGUAAUAUUUGCUUUUAUGAACUCACAGUGAAAUGAGUUCAUAACUUGAAAUUGAAAACUACUGAACUCCAAAGCUAAGUUCAGGCUAAAUUGAAAAAUGUUCAAAUGGAAGCAUGCCAGAAGGAGAAAAUUAUGGAAAACGAAACACGGGCACACACACACACACACACACACACACACACACACACACACACACGCAGAGUCUCUGAUUCUCUUUGCUCAUAAAAGCAGGAAACAUGAGGUACCAUUGGUAAAACUCAAAUUGAAAAGCUUGCCAUGGUAGUGCACACCUUUAACUCCCCAAUAUUUGGGAGUCAGAGGCAGGAGGUUCUCUAUGAGUUCAAGACCAGCCUAAUCUGCACAGUGAGACCCUGUGUCAUAAGUAGAGAAGAACAAAGAAGGAAGAAGAAGAAAAAGAAAACAAAUUUCCUUGUUUAAGACUAAAAUGAUGUAUAAUCUUGACUUUCUAGCAUUCGCCUCUUAUUCCCAAAUCUGUACAAUUAGCCACAGAAGUCUGCCUCACUACAAAUGUGUUUAUCAAACAGAAUUCUUUAACUUUUAAGUUUUGUCAUGGACUGUACUCUCUAAGAAGUGCUUUUAAAAGGGUUUGUUUACUGGGGGAAGGAAUGAAGGGGGUCUAAGCAACCUUUAAAGGAAUUAUUUGAGAGCCACCAAAAUAAACACAUCCAUUAUAAAGCCAUUUAAUUGCAACUCUCCAUUGAGAAGCCCACCUCCAUACUCUUGGUUAUACCGUUUUCUUCUUCCCUUGAGCCCCUUUCUAUUUUAAUCUCAAAUCUACAUUGGCUGAGCCUGAAAUUCUUUUCCUCAUCAAAGCCAUGAAUCCUACUUUUUCUUGGUGACUGCGUGCUGUGAAACUGUCUUCCUACCUGCAAUGACAGCUCAUUUCCACUAACCUAUAUUUGGACAAAAAUCACCUGUCUGAUUUUAAUUAAGCCAUUGGAUGGCUUAAUUAAUUGACUUUCAUACUGCUGUAUGGUGUGAGGGCAACUUUAUGCUCGUUCAAAUGAUCUGUGCUUUACCUGGUUUCUGUGCGUCAGAAUCGUCCAAAAGUACACUGCAUAUUGAUGUCCAGUUUAAGAUCACCCUUUGAAAGUCAGUAGCAUUUCCUCAUUCUUUUGUUUAUGUGUUGCCCACAUGAGUUUAUAGGUACUACAGGAGUAUGUGGCAGGGGAGAUCAGAAGACAGGGCUGGCUCCCCUGUAGUUGGAGGCAGUUGUGAGUCACCUGUUGUGACUGCUGGGAACUGAGUCUGGGUCCUCAGCAACAGUGGUGUAUCCAUUUACUCUUCUGUUUCGAUGGUAAAAUAUCCAAACCUAAGUCUUUUCCAGUCCCAAGUUUUUGUUGUUGCUGUUGUUGUUUUGGUCCGUAUUUUAUUGCAACAGAAAGUAAACUACAAAAAACAAACAAACAAACAAAAAAACCAAAAAAACCCCCCAAAAACCCAAAACAAACAAACAAACAAACAAACAAACAAAAAACAGCGAGCCAUCUCUCCAGCCCCUCGAUAGCAUUUUCUGAUCAGUGAAUUAUGUUUCCCAACCACUAAAAAACAAAACAAAACAAAACAAAAC